UCCAAGCUUUUAACGUUGGUUGGAGCUGCUCUGAGAAAAAAGAUCGUCGAUCUCGCAGAUCGAUCGUGGCACGCAACCCGCAACACUCAUCGCCCGCAUAGAACCCAACGUUUGUCGCAGUUUCUCGCGCACAGCUGCCGCCGCCGCCAUGGUCGUCCUCGACAACCACGAGUACCUCGCCGAGGAAGAGAAGAGGCUCAAGGAGGACCGCAACCGCGUCAAAUACUGGAAGAAGUGGGGCCCCUAUGUGUCCGAGAGACAAUGGGCGACAGUGAGAGAGGACUACAGCGCCGAUGGUGACGCCUGGAGUCACUUUCCACACGACCACGCCCGAUCACGCGCAUACCGGUGGGGCGAAGAUGGCAUUGCUGGCGUCUGUGACACGCAUGGGCUCCAAAACAUUGCCUUUGCGUUCUGGAACGAGAAGGAGUACGACUCAACCAACAGCCAAUUUUAAUACUGUAACGGAACAGCUUGCUGACUGCCCCUAGCUCUUUCCUCAAGGAGAGGCUGUUUGGCUUGUCCAACCCGCAAGGCAACCAUGGCGAGAGCAUCAAAGA